AUUCAGCCGCGCUCGGUUAAGUGGGAGAAGACAGUAUAUCCUUGGUGAUGCUAAUGGCUAUUGUAAUGUACGUUUUCCAAAAGUGAGAUUUAUUUAUGAAGCCGACGAUAAUAUACAGGACAUUUAUCUGCCGUAAUGAAUAAUUCCUACGUACUGGAAAUAAAUAUAUCGACCGAAAUCAUUAGUAGCCGCAAAUUGUCGACGACUGAAAGAUGUCGACUUGGUUACCUUUGUAGCGACACACAAUUCAAGUUAUUUAACAUUGAUCAGCACUAUCGUCCCGAAAAACGCUACUAAAGCGCAUUGCCGAGCAAGGUGCGUGUUUAUUCGAGCUUUCAGUUCGCCAUUUCCGAUGGAAGUAACAAAUAUGGAUGGGUUGGUGAUGAUGGUGGUACUUCUAUCAAUUCAUAGGAUAUCAUCUGCAGUGCACAAAGAAUACAAACUUGACGGGACAGAUACGGAUGUUCAAUUAGGGGCACCAGGAAAAGUCCAACCCACGUUUAUAAAAUCGGCGACUUUCGGGAAGGUUUUAUCAUUUUCUGGUUUUGCGAUCGCUCGGGUUCCACGAGUAGAGAUCGGGACAACAAGCUUCUCGGUCGCGGUCUAUGUCAGGUUCAAAACCUUUGGAAGCUCUCAGACUAUAUAUUCGGAUUUCACCCGCUAUUGGCAGUUCUUGACAAGGGUGACCAAUAGAAACCAACUGUUCUUAAACCUGAGGCGAAACAUCAACAGUCAGGGUUCUGACCCCGCUCAAGACUUAGUUACUGUUACCGGGGGUGACAUAUCAAAAGGUCCUCGGAGCAACACCUGGCAACUUCUUGUUUAUACCUGGAGCAGGGAGACCCGGACUGCUAAAGCUUACCUCAAUGGAGCCUUAGUCGGCACCAUGUCACCGAAGGCCGAGUACACAAACCUUAAUUUGCAAGUGAACAACCAUCCCUUAUACGACAUCGGAGGUAACCUAGUCUAUGGCAAUCAUUUCCAGGGAGACAUGGCUCGUCUCAAGAUAUUCCUUUACGCCAUCACUCAAACCGAAGUAGCCGCUUUGUAUAAACAACUUGUUUACGGUACGGACAGCAGCACAUACGUGCAGGUGGGGCAACAGGAGGUUUCAGAUACGCCUGGGGCGACUUUCCGAACAAACACUCUCCUCUAUUGUGCCCUGCAGUGCCAUGAAGUGAAUCGGGACCUGACAUCCGCCGCCAUAUGCCAGGAAUACGUCUACAUUGAAAACCUUGGACUUUGUAAAAUAUACGCAGAGAAAGCGACUACGCCAGAAGCGGGCGGAGUUAACACCGUAAAACAUUAUAGAGUAGUAUUAAAGUAUGAAUGAGUAUGAACCAUGUUCAAGCUUACAUUAGGUUGGCCGGAUACAAAAUCAACGGGGCCUUGUCUCCUUCCAUUUCGUCCGCCGAAACUUGUUUUCGCCUCCUCUCAAGUUUGUAGUAUCGACUCCUUGCAAUAAUGCUAGUUUUUUUCAUAAUUCGCCUGAUGACAUUAUCCCGUUAAAAUCAAAAUAUCAUGAGAAUGUACCUCACAUGGUUUUGGUAGACCUGUGGAGAAACGUGGCUGAUAAGCGAGAUAGGAAUAAUGAGUCGAUUGGGAAAAGAUCACACAAAAAGUGUAAGGCUAUUGGUUCGCCAAGUCAGUUAGCUCAAUAUCAUAAUAGUAAAUUGCCUUGUAA